CGCUCUGUAGCUAUAUGUGUGCACUGUUUGAUGUAGUCACAGAUUACUGAUGGUUACCUUCUCAGAGCCUGGAUUACUGUUCAUUGGUUCAGGAAUACACUCCUGUCUGAGAGGGCAAAAAACACCAAACAAACAUUAGAUUUUUUUUUACGCUAAUGCUGAUAUCAAGAUGGGGAACAGGCAGUCUGUUAAUAUAACGCAUCAAACGGCAGGUCAUGAUGGCAUACAGGUCAAAAAAGACGAAGCGAAUGGCCACACGAUGUCUGGGUUGGAUUUGACUGAUGCUGUAACCAGCAACACAUCAGUUAAGCAGAACACUGAACCUCCUCCUCCUGUGACAGUCACACUUAACGUCAAGCCAACGCCAGCGUCAGUAGAAGCUAACGGCACCAAAGCAAAAGCCCCGACCAUGUCUGUGAAAGCAGCUGGUAACCAAGUCAUUGCUACCACUGUAUCAACUGACCAAAAAACUCCAGCAGAGUCCAGUACGCCAGCCAAAGAUGCACCUAAACAAUUGGACACUCCAAGCAUGUUUAAGAUGUUCAAGAAGAAGUCUGAGGCGAACAUGGCAGCUGAAGCACAGAUCGUCCCUGCAGUACAGACCGAGAGCCAGAAGUCUCAACCAGCGCCUGUGUCAGUAAAAGUUAGCGGCACCCAAGCAAAAGCAGAUGCGUCUGUAGAAUUCAGUGGUACGAAUGAAUCAACUGAGUCCAGUACACCAGCCAAAGACGCACCUAAACAAGUGGACACUCGAAGCAUGUUUAAGAUGUUCAAGAAGAAGACUGAGGCGAACAUGGCAGCUGAAGCACAGAUCGUCCCUGCAGUACAGACCGAGAGCCAGAAGUCUCAACCAGCGCCUGUGUCAGUAAAAGUUAACGGCACCCAAGCAAAAGCAGAUGCAUCUGUAGAAUUCAGUGGAACGAAUGAAUCAACUGAGUCCAGUACGCCAGCCAAAGACGCACCUAAACAAUUGGACACUCCAAGCAUGUUUAAAAUGUUCAAGAGGAAGACUGAGGCGAACAUGGCAGCUGAAGCACAGAUCGUCCCUGCAGUACAGACCGAGAGCCAGAAGUCUCAACCAGCGCCUGUGUCAGUAAAAGUUAGCGGCACCCAAGCAAAAGCAGAUGCGUCUGUAGAAUUCAGUGGAACGAAUGAAUCAACUGAGUCCAGUACACCAGCCAAAGACGCACCUAAACAAGUGGACACUCCAAGCAUGUUUAAGAUGUUCAAGAGGAAGACUGAGGCGAACAUGGCAGCUGAAGCACAGAUCGUCCCUGCAGUACAGACCGAGAGCCAGAAGUCUCAGCCAACGCCUGUGUCAGUAAAAGUUAACGGCACCCAAGCAAAAGCAGAUGCGUCUGUAGAAUUCAGUGGUACGAAUGAAUCAACUGAGUCCAGUACACCAGCCAAAGACGCACCUAAACAAGUGGACACUCCAAGCAUGUUUAAGAUGUUCAAGAAGAAGACUGAGGCGAACAUGGCAGCUGAAGCACAGAUCGUCCCUGCAGUACAGACCGAGAGCCAGAAGUCUGAGCCUACAGACAUAAAGACAAGCACACAGGCUGAGAAAGUACCACAGGGUGAAGCUCCUAAAACUAGCACCACUGAGGUCACGCAAGACACCAACCAACCUGAGCAGAGCAGCACCGAGGAAAAGUCAGUUAUGAACUUUUUCAAAAAAACUUUUGUGACUUCACCCAAAACGACAAAAGAAGCGACGGCUAGUCCCGAUGUCUCAAAAGACCAGUCAAAGAAAGAAACUCCACCAGCUCCUGCUGCAAAUGUACAGGAAGCAGCAAAGGUUCCCCCUCCUCCACCGCCAGCACCACCCAAGAUGGAGAGUAAAGCAGAGCCAGCUGUAAAGAAAGACGAAGCCCCACUUGUAGAAGUAGCAGCCACUGUGUCCAAAGAACAAGACACCCCAAGCAAGACCAAAACUAAAGAUAGCCCAUUCGGCAAACUCUUCCGUACAAAGGCAUUGCUAGGCAAGAUGGUGUCAAAAGGAGCCAGAGUGCCUGCCAAGACAUCAUCAGCGGUAGACGCAUCCAAGACCAGCACACUUGAGGCCGGCGCCAAAGCAGAACCUCCUCCAGCAACCAAACCAGAAGAAAAGAAAGCGGAGAAGAAACCCUCACCCUUUGCCAACUUGCUUAAACCAAAGGUACUGCUAGGCCAAGUGAGCGCUAAGAUCCAUGCAGCUGCGUCGAGCGCCGCAGCCGGCAUCUCCCUCGGUGCUGGAGGAGCGGCUACAGAGCCCAAGAAGGAAACUCCUGCAGCCACAACUGCACCUGCAGUGGCUGCGCCAAGCACCAAGGCCAAAGAAGAACCCAAACCAGCUGCUCCUGCUGCUCUUGCUGCGGCCUCUCAAGACAACAAGUCGGUGGGGAGUACAGAUAAUUCUUCACCCAGCACUUCCCGCAAACUAGAGAAGAGGAACUCCAUCCAGCUGUUCUUUAAAAACUUGGGUCAAAAACGCCACUCUGACGCCGAAGUGCAAACGGAGACCGUGGCACCGGAGAAGGCCAAAUAAAAACCUUGCUUUGGGUUCAUUGUCUGCACAGAAAACACGCAUUGCUUGUACAUAGGUAUCCUUAUCUGAAUGUCCUGACCAGACACCAGGGAUUAAUUCCUAUUUAAUCUCCACUACAGAGGUGAACUGAGAACUAAAGUAUCAUAAACCUGGCCAUUCCAAUGAUUCAUUGCCCAAGAUGUCUUGGGUUGAGAUUAAACAUUACAAAACAUCACAAAAGAAAUUGUUUUAAAGGUUUGUGAGAUGUAUGUUGAAAUGCUAUAGAAAGGUUUAAGGCUUUGUAUGUUAUGCAAGAUUUUUAAAGAUUGAGGAGAGCUAAGAAAGGGAUUAUGCAACAUUACAAUGACAUGCUGUUCCUCUUAACAGGAACAUUACAGGAACGUCAACCCUGUCUACACUGCCACUCUUAACUCCUCUAUAUCACAUGCAGGAUGUAUUACGAACACGGUCCUGUUUCCAGCUUCUGUAUUUUUUGGUUUGUUUCAUUUUAUUGGAAGAUCUGAUUUUUUUGCACAAUGAUUCUGUGCACAAUAAUCAUUCAUACGGCUGUAAAAACAAUCUGCAAAGACUUAUUCCUUUAAAGCAUCUCAUCGAAAUCCUCCAGUGUCACUCACUCGUUGUUUGGUUAAAAAUACUUAAAAUGUUAACGCUUAAUAAAUUUAGUCCCUUUGCCCAUUAUAGCUAGUAUUUCAUGCUAACGCAUAUUUUACUUACGGGUUAUCAUGUGACACUAUCUCAUGCAGGCUUUAUUAUUGAAUAGUUUAGUUAUUAGCUUUUCAAAAUGGACAUGCCUUUGUUUUUUCUUCUGUUCUGUUACUACUGAAAACAUAUACGAUCUGUAACCAAGCCUUGACUAACUAUAUGGAAUAUACUGAAAUAAGCACUCUGUUUAUAUUGGGGGAAAAAAUCCAUCUGGUUUCUCUUACUCUCUCAUACUGAAUUCUCACUAGCUUUAGAUGGAUCCAGUUUAAUUGCUUUCUGCGAAAUGGAAUCGGGUAUGAGGAUUUCCGGCUGCAAGAGAACCUGUCCCGAUUUCACGUGUUCGAAAUUUAAAAAAAAAAUGUAUUCUGAAUUUCAGAGACACAUGCUUUUUUUUUGUUUGUUUGUUUGUUUUGUUUUUUAUUUUGCUUGUAAUCAAGUAACAUUUAAAAAAUGUAAUCUUUUGUUUCCGUCAUUGUAAUUAUGCAAUCUUUGUUAAUAAAAAUGUAAGGGUACAA